CUUCCCUCUUCGAUUCUCUUUCUCUCACUCAACAAAUCUCCAAGUAUUCAGAGAAAAACCCUAAUUCUCCAUCUCAUCGGUCAUCCGCCAAGGAGUUUGCGCCAUGACAGCCAUCCCUCCUCCUCCUGCUGGCCGGGAGCUUUCAAAUCCUCCGUCUGACGGCAUUUCCAAUCUCCGGUUCUCCAACCACAGUGACCACCUACUGGUUUCCUCUUGGGACAAGACUGUGCGCUUGUACGACGCCAGCGCCAACGUGCUCCGCGGUGAGUUCGUACACGGUGGUCCUGUGCUCGACUGUUGUUUCCACGACGAUUCUUCGGGAUUCAGUGUGAGUGUUGACAACACUGUCAGGAGGCUUGUUUUCAAUCAUAAUAAGGAGGAUAUAUUAGGGAAGCAUGAUGCACCUGUGCGGUGCGUUGAGUAUUCUUACGCGGCAGGGCAAUUAAUUACUGGCAGUUGGGAUAAAACACUGAAGUGUUGGGAUCCCAGAGGUGCAAGCGGUCAGGAACAUACGCUGGUUGGAACAUAUCCUCAGCCUGAGCGUGUUUAUUCACUCUCUCUUGUGGGGAACCGUUUAGUUGUAGCAACUGCUGGAAGGCAUGUUAAUGUCUAUGACUUGAGAAAUAUGUCUCAACCCGAGCAAAGAAGAGAAUCCUCAUUGAAAUAUCAGACUCGAUGUGUGCGGUGUUAUCCAAAUGGAACAGGUUAUGCUCUUAGUUCUGUUGAAGGACGAGUAGCUAUGGAAUUUUUUGAUCCCUCAGAGGCUAGUCAAGCUAAAAAGUACGCAUUCAAAUGUCACAGAAAAUCAGAGGCUGGAAGGGACAUAGUCUAUCCGGUCAAUGCCAUUGCAUUCCAUCCUAUCUAUGGUACUUUUGCAACUGGAGGUUGUGAUGGGUACGUGAAUGUUUGGGAUGGGAACAACAAGAAGAGACUAUAUCAGUAUUCAAAAUACCCAACAAGUAUUGCAGCUCUGUCAUUUAGUAGAGAUGGACGCCUAUUAGCUGUAGCAUCAAGUUACACAUUUGAAGAGGGAGAUAAACCCCACGAGCCAGAUGCCAUAUAUGUCCGCAGUGUAAAUGAAAUAGAAGUUAAGCCAAAGCCUAAAGUAUACCCCAAUCCUCCAACAUGAUUAAUUUCACGGAAGUCUCCCCUGUGAUCCAUGCUUGUCGUUCUGUAGCCCUCCAUUGUUUUUCUUGCUAGAGUUACUUGAUGGUGGUUUAGAGCCAAGAUCCCGAUUGACUUGCAGAUUGCACCCUUUAGCAUACACAAAAGAGACCACGAGACAGGC